UAGAAUCUCAAAAAAGAUGAAUCAUUAAUGAUCACCUCUCUUUUUGUCUAAUCUUACAAAUAAACUUCAAAACAAAUAUACCAAACCAAUCACCUCAACUAAAACUCAACGACACAUACAUUGAAUCAGCUAAACAAAUACAAACUACACGACCAACUAUUUAACAAUUUACAAACUUACUUUCGCAGAUGCUUACGAAGAAGACGAAAACAACAACCAAGAUCAGCAAAAUCACCUAAACAAAAAAGCAGAGUAAGUUACGAACUCUGAUAAAUACAACUAAUAACAAUUUUUUGUUUACAUGUUACCCAUCAAAUAAAAGAGAAACAAACACUGGCACACCAAGAGAUACAAGAGACAAUCUUGACAAACAUAAAGGCGGCAACAACAUCUCCACCUGCUCACUCUUCUUGUCUUAUGAAAAUAGCUUACGUGCUAAAUGUCAACAAGCUAAUGUUAUUGUAUUCUUAUGAGAAACACAUAAAUUCGUUUAAAACUCAUUAAAAUCCAAAUACUCUGAAUUGUCACUCAUUUUAUAGUUAUUUCUAUAAAUCUUCAUGUAUUUGUUUUAAAAGUCCGGUAAAAACAACAAGUUUAAAAAAAAAAAGACAUAUAACAAACAUAAUAAAGAUAAUAAAAAUUAUAACUUAAUAAACAUAAACUUACGCAGCCGAGAAAAAAAAAUCCAUCUGACUACACACUUUACCAAGCAAAAAAAAUCCAGCUAAUCAGACUACACACUUUACCAAGCCUCGUUAUCAUGAGGUUCGAUUAAAAGAUUCACCGUCGGAUAAAUAAUUGGACCGAACAAUGCGAAUGAUAUGCGCUAACCCAUUGGAAAUUAUGGCCCAACCCCCAGAAAACGUUUGCAGAUUGCGCUAACACUUUUGAAAUUGUUGGCCAUUUACUUGACUUCGUAUCGUGUAGAAAUUAUUCCAACGAAAUUGUAGCAAAACUCGCGUUAGAAAAUUCAAGAAAAUAUGCCACCACGCAGUUCAUAGUCUAUAUAACACCAGCUUCUAAUACACUUUUAUCGGCAAAGUCAUACAAACCCAUACCUUUUUGUAAUAAAAAAAAAACAUUUCAUACAUUUUCUCUUUGCAAGAAUGGCUUCGAUCACAUUCUUGAUCCUAGCAAUUAUUUUGAGUUCUAGAACUUCAGGAGCCACUUCUCGUGGGGGACUCUUUGAAGCUUCUGCUGCCACGGAUAAACAUGAGCAAUGGAUGUCUCGUUUCCAUCGUGUUUACUCCGAUGAGUCUGAAAAAACAAAUAGGUUUGAGAUCUUUAAGAAGAACUUGGAGUUCGUCAAGAACUUCAACAUGAAUACAAACAUAACGUUCAAGUUGGAUGUCAACCAAUUCUCUGAUCUCACCGACGAGGAGUUUCGGGCGAGGUACAUGGUGCUAGUGGUACCGGAAGGUAUGACCAGUAUAAAUUCAGAAAAAACGUUGUCGUAUAGAUAUGAAGAUGUCAGUGAAACCGGUGAAAGCAUGGAUUGGAGAGAGGGGGCUGUUACAUCCAUUAAGUACCAAGGCCAAUGUGGAAGUUGUUGGGCUUUCUCGGCCGUGGCGGCUGUGGAAGGCAUAACAAAGAUUGCUAAAGGAGAGCUCAUAUCGCUUUCAGAGCAGCAACUUGUGGAUUGCAGCAGAGACUACAACAAAGGAUGCGGCGGAGGGAUUAUGUAACGGCCCGGUUCCUGGCCCAAAAAUUUCUUAAGGAGAGCCCGUUGGAACUGCGGCCCACUAGGGUAAAUGACCUAGGGUUCCCUCUUUUUCCUAUUAAUAAAGCUGCCUACUCUCUGUUUACUCUCAUUCUGAAACUUGAGCGAAACCCUGCAGAGAUUUAGAGAGACUAGGAAACCCUAGCAGUCAAGCUUCUCUUUUCCUUUUCUCUCUUCUUCUCUCACGUCUCUCUCUCUCCUCGUUGUCGCUCUCUCUCCCUCCUCCUCGCCGGUGCCGUAUGGUGGUGGUGGUGGUUGCAGCCGAUUGGUGGUGGUGACUAGAUCUCGUCUCUCUCUUGUUCCCUUGUUCCAGAUCUGUUCAGAUCUCAUCCCCGUUGUCUCUUGUUCCAGAUCCAGAUCCAGAUCUAGCCUAAGGUGGAGUGUCUUGAACCCAACUUUCUCUCAUGAUUCUCUAUACUCCUUUAUGUUGGAGUUAGGAUUGAGUAGUCCAUGUUUGAGAGCUAGGUUGAUAGAACAUGUUUACUGAUUAGGAGGAUAGAUGAGUGGAUCAUGAUGCAUAAGGACCCUCACACUGUUAACGGGACUUAAUGAACUGAUUUAUGUUGUUGUGAUGUUGAUUGGUUGAUGGGUGAUGCUUGUAUGAUUGGAUGUGUAGUCCCAUGUGUUGUUUGUGAUUAAAGCUAGGAUGCUAGAAAGAAGCGAAUGCUAAGAUGAUAGGUGAGUAUUGAUUGUUAAUGUUAUCGUAAGUAGAACUUGAGUGCGAUGUGUAUUGUGUGUGACACCGAUAACGGAUGGCGUCUAGUGAACGAGUAUGAGUACGAGUCUAAGUGUAAAGGAAUGAGAAAGUACGAGUCUAAGUGUAAAGGAAUGAGAAAGUGAAUGAGAAUGAGAAAGUGAAUGAGAAUGAGACGUGAUGUGAAUGGAUAAGUGAAUGACGUUAAGGAUAAGUAUGGGAUUGGGUGAUCAUAUAGAGUAUAGAGGGCGUACGUGGGGUAGUAGUUCUACGCUAGGCACCCAUAGGAGCUGUGGGAACCCACAUGAAUAUGGGGUAGUGGUUUAGUGAGAACUACCCACGGAGAACGAGAAGACGAGCCAGCCGCGAGAGGCGGGAUAUAAAAACGUGCAUUGUAGGUGUCUUAGUUCAUGGUCGGGUAUUUGGGUGUUAAAGGUGUCAUAAGAUGGAGUCAGUCUUGUAUGUCGGGUCGGUUAAGUCUAUGGUCUGAUGUGUGUGGCAAUGAGUGAGGUCAUUGUAUUGGUUGAUCGCUAGGUUGUUAGAAACGUCGAGAAUUGUGAAUGCUUGGAAAUGAUGAUGAUAUGAAAUGUUUAGUUGCAUUAACUGAUUGUGGUGGCUAGUCAGUCCUAGUUCCCGCAUAGAUUAGUAUAGAGUGUCUUGCGGGCAGGCUGGUCUAGAGUCACUUCACUGAGUAACUUGUUGCUCAUCCCUCCUUUUCCUUUUCCCUGUGCGCAGGACUAUAAGUAGAAGUAUAUGGAUGUGGGUGUGACGGUAUUUCAAAGAAGGUUAUGCGUCCGUCGAUUCCUGGGACCAGUAACGGGACAUGUAGGGUUGUCUAAAUGAGUAGACACGUGUCCAUAAUGCCCUUUCGAUAACCCCAAUCGGACGCCGGAGUAUCGGGCCGUUACAAUUGGUAUCAGAGCGGGUUAAGAUCCUUAGUUCUGUCCUAAGGGAUCAGCAUUUCCGAUGUUUUCAUUAAAAAAAAAAAAAAAGAGUUGCGAAAGUUUUGAUUCUUUUAAAAGUUGUGAAACGAUUUCAAAACCACCUACUAUAUAUGUACGUCUAUUAUGGUUUUGAUCAGAUCCAUUUUACUUGCAGAAUUUCUUCCGAGAAUAGUUCAUUCAUUGUUUUCUUUUAAAGAUCCCGAGCAAAGUUGUUCUCGUCUUGUAUGCCUCCCUUGAUUGAUGUGUGAUUGUGUGAGUCCAUUUCAAUUUCGGAAGUUAAGUUCGGAAGCCUAGGGCUUGGAAUUCGGGGACGAAUUCCGAUUAACAGGGGGAGAAUUGUAACGACCCAGUUUCUGGCCCAAAAAUUUCUUAAGGAGAGCCCGUUGGGAUUGCGGCCCACUAGGGUAAAUGACCUAGGGUUCCCUCCUUUUUCUAUAAAUAAAGCUGCCUCCUCUCUGUUUUCUCUCAUUUUGAAACUUGAGCGAAGCCCUGCAGAGAUUUAGAGAAACUAGGAAACCCUAGCCGUCAAGCUUCUCUUUUCCUUUUCUCUCUUCUUCUCUCACGUCUCUCUCUCUCCUUGCUGUCGCUCUCUCUCCCUCUUCCUCGCGGGUGCCGUAUGGUGGUGGUGGUGGUUGCAGCCGAUUGGUGGUGGUGACUAGAUCUCGUCUCUCUCUUGUUCCCUUGUUCCAGAUCUGUUCAGAUCCCAUCCCCCUUGUCUCUUGUUCCAGAUCCAGAUCCAGAUCUAGGCUAAGGUGGAGUGUCUUGAACCCAACUUUCUCUCAUGAUUAUGUAUACUCCUUUAUGUUGGAGUUAGGAUUUAGUAGUCCAUGUUUGAGAGCUAGGUUAAUAGAACAUGUUUACUGAUUAGGAUGAUAGAUGAGUGGAUCAUGAUGCAUAAGGACCCUCACAUUGUUAACGGGACUUAAUGAACUGAUUUAUGUUGUUGUGAUGUUGAUUGGUUGAUGGGUGAUGCUUGUAUGAUUGGAUGUGUAGUCCCAUGUGUUGUUUGUGAUUAAAGCUAGGAUGCUAGAAAGAAGCGAAUGCUAAGAUGAUAGGUGAGUAUUGAUUGUUAAUGUUAUUGUAAGUAGAACUUGAGUGCAAUGUGUAUUGUGUGUGACACCGAUAACGGGUGGCGUCUAGUGAACGAGUAUGAGUACGAGUCUAAGUGUAAAGGAAUGAGAAAGUGAAUGAGAAUGAGACGUGAUGUGAAUGGAUAAGUGAAUGACGUUAAGGAUAAAUAUGGGAUUGGGUGAUCAUAUAGAGUAUAGAGGGCGUACGUGGGGUAGUAGUUCUACGCUAGGCACCCAUAGGAGCUGUGGAAACCCACAGGAAUAUGGGGUAGUGGUCUAGCGAGAGCUACCCACGGAGAACGAGAAGACGAGCUAGCCGCGAGAGGCAGGAUAUAAAAACGUGCAUUGUAGGUGUCUUAGUUCAUGGUCGGGUAUUUGGGUGUUAAAGGUGUCAUAAGAUGGAGUCAGUCUUGUAUGUCGAGUCAGUUAAGUCUAUGGUCUGAUGUGUGUGGCAAUGAGUGAGGUCAUUGUAUUGGUUGAUCGCUAGGUUGUUAGAAACGUCGAGAAUUGUGAAUGCUUGGAAAUGAUGAUGAUAUGAAAUGUUUAGUUGCAUUAACUGAUUGUGGUGGCUAGUCAGUCCUAGUUCCCGCAUAGAGUAGUAUAGAGUGUCUUGCGGGCAGGCUGGUCUAGAGUCACUUC